AUGCUUUAUCCAGAAGUCCCUGAUCAUCCUGUUCCAGUGCGUUUCCUCUUUGUCCUACUAAACUCUAUGGAUAACUAUCCUGGUGAAACAUUUCGAAUUGGACGAGCAAUAGGAGCGCUUCUUUCUGAUGAGGUUUUCCAAAAAGUAGCAUUGCACUGUGAGGAGAGAAAUACUCUUGUGGAUGCGAUAGAUGAAUUUCUCUCACAAAUUGUUGUUAUUCCACCGGCAAAGUGUUCAACAGAGGCCAGAUGGACGCGUGAUGAAGGUGCUGAUGAAUCUGCAGUUCGUCAUGUAGGAAUGCUCUAUGCAAAUUUUUCUCACGAUGAUCGUCUUUGUUCGCAAGCAUUCUAUUCAGAAGAAUUUGAUUCAAAUAAACGCAUUUCUAUGGCUGGUCAACAUACAGGUCUAGAAGCAGGCCAACCAACGAGGACAGGACAAUUAUUUGGAGGAUUAGUGCAAGAUAUAAGACAAAAACUUCCUUGGUUCCCAUCCGAUUUCUUGGACUUUUUUCGCGGUCGUUUAUCUCAGUCAUUGGCUUGUACAUUGGUUCUUUUCCUAGCAAAUCUCUCAAAUAUCAUCACAUUUGGUGCAGUUAUGGAACGUUCUUUGCAUCAUCAAAUGGCUUCAAUCGAAAACAUCAUUUGUGGUGCUCUAUCAGGGGUUGUUUUUGGUAUGUUUUCUGGUCAACCACUUAAUAUUCUCUCAGCAACGGGGCCAACACUUAUUUUUGAAAGGAUUCUCUACGACUUCUGCACAGCAAAACAUUGGGAAUUUUUGCCCUUUCGGCUGUAUGUUGGUGUUUGGAUGGUUGGUUAA